AGAGACAUCUUUUCCUUGAUUCAAUUAUGUUUGUAGUGUCUUCUCCGUUGGUGACUUGCAUUCUGAUAUUUCAAAACCUGCGUGUGUUUGGUCCUGGUUUGAAUCCUUUCUCUCCUUAUUGCAUCGCUAAUCAUUCCCUUGCUUCUCGCUAAUUGUGUCUCUCCUCUUUUUCUUUCUUGAUCAUGUAAUUCCUCUUUUCGUGGAAUUCUUCUUUAAAACAAAUUUGCAACUCUUUGUGCAAUUCUACCGCUUUACAAAUUACAUAAAUAUCAUGUAAUUCUGCGCUCAAUCCUGGUCAAGUUUUGGAAGUCUCUUUCUUAUUCUCUUUCCUGCGUUUCUGGGUUUAAAAGAAAAUCUGCGAGGGUAUUGGUUGGUUUUUUGCAAUUGAUUGGAAGAAUAUGCCCCAAGAGCAGCCUUUGCGGAGAAAUUUGUCAAAAAGGCGAUCCUUUAGGUGUGGGGUUGAUAGGGAUGAUAGGGGUUGGACAAUGCUCCAUAUCGGAGCCCGAAAAGGUGAUCUCAAUCAGGUCAAGCAACUUCUCAAUGAAGGAAUGGAUGUAAAUGUUGCUGCAUGGGGCCCCAAAUCCAAAGGGGUGACCCCACUCCAUCUUGCUGCCGAGGGCGGCCACCUUGAAGUUAUGGAUGAACUGCUUGAACGUGGUGCUAAUAUUGAUGCAAGAACUAAAGGCGC